AUGCUAUCGGCCCUUCCGGCUCUUUGCAGUGGACAAACAGGAGAAAUGCUGUCUCCAUCGGGCUACCAUUUAUGUGUGUACAAUCACACCCGUACUGUGAGUUCCCUGGUUGUGAGAAAGAUUCCUUAUACCGUCAAAAAGCCUUGCGGAGGCUGGUUGUCUUGGAUGACAUGUCCAGCGACACUUUACCGAAUAGUUCACCAAACUGAAUACAGCACGGUGACGGUACCGGUGACCAGAUGCUGCGAUGGUUACGUACAAGUCGGAAGCUACUGUGCUCUGUCUUUAAACCGGAGCGAGGACUUCACAACCAAACCUGGGUCUUGUCCAGCAGCAAACGGAUCUUAUUCCGGUGGCGACGACUGUGACUGGGACAUCGACUGUCCAGGCUGGGAAAAAUGCUGCGAGAGAUCGGGUGACUUUCUGUGUACUGGCACUGCAAGUUCACGUAAUUACACAGAGGAUGGUGGAUGUCGCUUCAAUGCAACGGUGACUGUGAAGACAGAUUACCAGAAGCUGAAGUCCAAAAAUGGAGCUCUUCUCAACCACACAAGAUUACUCCAAGCAAUGGUAACCGGAGCACUGCAGUCUGACCUGCCGGUCUAUUAUCUCUCCACGUGGCCCGUGCAUCCGUAUAGAAGCGCCACUUCAAUGCUGAUAGACUGUAAUGACCUUUCACUGCAGAACGUCACAGCCAAGCUCCACGUUCUCCUCAAACACAUCCAGGAGGUGUCGGCUGUGACCGUGGAAGAGGCCCCAGGGUGUUGCCCUUUACCCACCAACACCACCGUGCGGGGUCUCAUCGCUCCGAGGAACACACACGACAUGACGACUUCUACGACAACCUUUGCACCAAACAGUUCCACUAAGGAGCUUAUUCCCCUUCCUGGCAUCAGCAACUUACAGUCUGCCAACAUCACCGGGACCUCUUUUUCUGUAUACUGGUCCAGCCGAACCCUGAUACAGCAGACCUUUCUGGUGGUUCUAAGCGAAGGUUCAGACAUUAUUGACAUGUGGACAACCGAGCAGACCAUGAUGGAAAUCAAGGAACUUCAGCCUGGGGUCUACUACAACGUCACUGUUAAGAUCCACUCCAACGAAAGCCAAGAUGUUCUGUUUAUUGCACUCAAAACUGAUGCUCAAACCCUUGACGCCACCGCUCGACUUACCAACAUCCCGUUCACCCAUGACCUACAAAAUGCCAGCAGUCAGGCCUACAAAAACCUCACCGCAAGCAUCAAAGAGGAGAUUUACCGCUCACUCAGCCGGGACUUGAAGGCCAUGGUGAAUUCAAGUGACGUGAGAAUCGAGAUCAGAAGCUUCUCUCCUGGUAGCGUGGUGGUCAACUUUACCAUAAUCAUCAACCCCGACCCAAACCAGGACAUCACAAACACGUCAACAGCUCUGAUUUACGCCCUAAUGAACAGCUCCGUAUACAUCGUGGAUGAAAACAACACAAGCAUUCAUGAUUCCGAUGAAUGUGUUCCAGGAAGAAAUGACUGUUCCCAGUGGGCUACAUGUAUAAACACCUGGGGCUCCUACUCGUGUACUUGUCUAGAUGGAUUUACGGACCGAAACCCACAAAGACCUGGGAGAUCCUGUCAAGCUCCCUUGGAGACAACGACAUUACCAUUCAGCACAUCAUCCCAAAUAACAACCUCAACAGCCCCAACAGCAACCUCUCCUGCAUUACCACCAACUAAUACCACAAACACACCAACAACAACCACCGUAGCACCAGAAACUACCAGCAUCCAAACAACUACCACAACGAUUGCAUUGACAACCACUACUACUGAAUCAACAACUGCAAUGGCGCCCACAUCCGCUACACCAAUUGCACCAAUGACCACUACUGCACCGACAACCACGACCAUUGAACCAACCACCACCAGUCCACAGACAAUGACCACUACAACUGCACCGACAACCACGACCAUUGAACCAACCACCACCAGUCCACAGACAAUGACCACUACGACUGUACCGACAACCACAACCAUUAAACCAACCACCACCAAUGCACCAACAAUGACCACUACGACUGCACCGACAACCACGACCGUUGAACCAACCACUACCAGUCCACCAACAAUGACCACUACGACUGCACCAACAACCACGACCAUUGAACCAACCACUACCAGUCCACCAACUACGACCACUACUACUGUACCGACAACCACGACCAUUGAACCAACCACGACCAGUCUACCAACAAUGACCACUACAACUGUACCGACAACCACGACCAUUGAACCAACCACCACCAGUCCACCAACCACAACUUCGCCAACAACAACCAGUCCUUCAACCGCCAUUACUGGACACCUAGCCACCAAUGCUACAUCCCGUAUAAUGACUUCGGUGCUGGAUGACAUUUCAGUGGACUGCAAAGUCAGCGGCAUCACAGUGACGAUCUCGAGAGACUUUCUACUUCACAACAACAUCAGGGAAAGUACUCUGUACCUGGGCCAGCCGGAAUGCAGGAACACUGGGGGCAACGUCAGCCAUGCUCAACUGACUGUGGAGUGGAAUGACAUGAUGUGCGUCACAACUUUUAUCCAAAACGACACCUACUACAUGGCCUCUGUAACCCUGUUCAAUACCAUGGAGCCAUACAAUACACCCAACGGAACACUGGAGGCACCCAUACUGCACCUGGAGGUUCCGAUUAUAUGCAUGUACAUGAGAAGCAUGCUCAUGUCCCCGGAUUUUGGCUCUAUGGGGUAUAACCUGCUCAAAGAUGUGAUCACAGGCUCAGGGUCUUUCCGGGUGACGGUGCAGCUCUUGAACGGGACAGUGCCUUUACCCUCCAACUACAGUUUAUCACCAGAGGAGGCCGUGGUCGUGGAGGUCAGCAUGAAUACGUCAGCUGACCAGAUCAAAGUGGUCAUCGCCUCGUGCUGGGCCACCCCCACUCCAAAUCCGUCUGACAAUGAACGCUACUUCUUCUUACACAACAGAUGUGCCCUCAACAUGUACACCGACGUGUUGAUGAACGGGAACUCCAGCACAUCUCGGGUAUCUGUGAAGAUAUUCUCCUUCGUCAAUGUCAACUUGAUAUAUCUGCACUGCCAAGUUCAAAUUUGCAUGCAGUUAGGAUCUGAUACCUGCGUUCCUGACUGUGUUCAAAGAACUGCUCGGUCCUCACACACCAUAGGAAGAGCUUUUGGUUCUACGGGCCCUUUGCUCAUGUCUGAGGAGGUGCCGCUGGAGGAUAUAAAUGACCAAAUCCAUCUCAUCGGACUAUCCUGCCUCGGAGUUGCUGUGCUGCUCUUCUUAAUCGUUGGUUUCGCCUGCCUCUUCUUCUAUCAAAGGAAUCGCAUUGGACAUUACAACUUCACGGUCAAACCCAAACCACAGAACUUCACCUCCAUUGAGGCAUCAAAUCAGGCAUAAACCUCUAACUUAUAGCUCAACUUAUAUUUUUCUAUAGUAUAGAAAAUAUAUUUAUGAACUUGUAAAUACCUUUAACAUGAUCAGAGACCUUUAUGCAUGAAAUAACACCCCUAUAGUCACCUUUACCGUAGCGAUACCUAAUAUAGUAGACAGAAAAUAAGCCAAAUAAGACUUAUACUGAUGAGUGCUGUUGUAAAUGUGUUUCGACAUGGACAGGAAGUGAGUUUAGCUUAGCGUGAGUGAUGGCCGAAAACAGUAGCCUGUGUUUUAUUAGGGAUUUUUAUUAGAGAUUAUUGUGCCUGUUGUGAAAUAGAUCAAUAAAAGUGUGUCACGCUCAUGCACAUGAAUGGGUUAACUUUUCCAACAACUCCUGGAGGAAGUUGAAGGGAAAUUCCGUUUUUCCUAGUUUAUUGUUUGCACAUUUUCUAUCUGCAGUCGCUGGUGGCCAGCCAAUCACAGGGCACAAAUAGACAAACAACCAUUCACACUCACAUUCAUACCUAUGGACAAUUUGGAGUCGCUAAUUAACCUAGCAUGUUUUUGGAAUGUGGGAGGAAACCGGAGUACCCGGAGAAAACCCACGCAUGCACGGGGAGAACAUGCAAACUCCACACAGAGAUGGCCGAGGGUGGAAUUGAACCCUGGUCUCCUAGCUGUGAGGUCCGCACGCUAACCACUAUACCGCCGUGCAGCCCCCCCCAUCAGAAAAAAAGGUUUAGUAAUCAGCAAAAUAACAUAACUAAGUUUCAGGAAAAUAUCCGUUCCUGACUAAAAUAAAUUGAGAAAAAUACAUUACAAUACAAAUACAUUUCAAGCAUUAGAGCCCUCUAAAUUUGAAAUAACACCCCCAUAGUCACUUUACCAAUGACCAUUCACACUCACAUUCAUACCUAUGGACAAUUUGGAGUUGCCAAUUAACCUAGCAUGUUUUUGGUCAUAGAUCCGUCUUUGAUAUUUUGUAGAACCGUUUGGAAAAGUGUUGUGUAUUAUUUUGUAUUUGUAUUUGUGCUGUGACCAUUUUGUGGCAAUGAUGAGGUAAGGAUGAGAGUCAAACUACACAUUGUUAUGGAAGUCUUUAUUAUUGCUGAAAGAAUCAUGUCUUGUAUAUAAAGUUUUAUUCAAGAUGACACUGAUAUUACACUGCUUUAUAUGUCAUUCUAAUAACUACUGGAACGUUACACAUUUUUAUGAAGUUCUUUACAUGAAAUCUCCUGUGACCUGUGUAAAUGGCCAUUCAAUAGAAUUACAUUAAAAACAAUAAUUACUAAAAAUUAAUUUUCAUAAAAAUGAAAAGGCUCACAUAGAUUCAAAAUGGAAAGCAUUGCCACGUUGAUAUUAUUACGAAUGAUAACGAACUGGAGACUGGAUAAUGCUAAGAGUCCACUGGGCCGGUGCCAAUAAGGUGCCAAGUGGCGUGCAGUGGCUCAAAGUGUCUCCCAACUGGCUCGUGGUGGCCCGUAACGGCGGCAAAAAUUGAGUUUGGUGGCAAGAAAAUGUUAAAAUGUUUAAAAUCUUUGUUUAGCAUUUGCCGCAAAUAAUCCACCAAUUGGAAUCCACUGGCGCGAGCCAAGUCACGCCAAUGAUGCUAGGAGUCCACAGUUGG